CCCGCCACCCCAUACCACCUCUCUCUCAUCCUCAUCCUCCUCUCUGGAAACAGGAAACACUCGAUCACCGCCCCACGCGCCACCGUCACCUCUACCACCCAGUCGGGUCCCACCCACGUCAGUUCGGUUCAGGUACGGGAAUGCGUGCGCUCAGGAACCCCUGAUAUUGACUCGCAGGGUUUCAGGGUUCCUCAUCGGCGUUUGGUGAAGCGCUACACUGAUACUAACAACUACUGUGCCCCCACAGUAAAAAAACUCGGGCUUCAGUAAAAUCACUAUACGGACAGAUAUAAUUUUAGGAAUACGACCGAAAACAGGUUAAGAUUACCGGGUCACCGGUUAUAGCCGGUGGAAAGAUUUGAGAAUAGAUCAGAUGGAUUAUCGCAGGGGGGGCACAACAUAAACAGCUAAAGUAUAUCAAUGAAGGAAUGAAUGAGGAUUGAUUUCUUUUCAUGGUUCUUUCCCUGCUGGGUCAGAGAAAUUGGUGGCCUUACCUUCUCUCUCGCUUUCCGUUCUAGGCACUGCCACUUCGCUUUCAAGUGUGGAUUGGUUUGAAUUCGACGGAGGAGCAGGACAUGGAUUUUGAGGAGCAAGAUGAGGAACUCGGGAUGGGGCCCGCCGGGAGUUACGACUCGAUGGGGAACCCGACCCGGCUGAAAAUGGCGAGUGGCGGAGAAGUGAUGGUGGUCCAGGCCUCGAGGAAUAGUAACAGCAAGGCGAGGUAUAGAGAGUGCUUGAAGAACCACGCGGUGAGCAUCGGAGGCCACGCGCUCGACGGCUGCGGUGAGUUCCUUCCGGCCGGAGUGGAAGGCACGAUGGACGCCCUCAAAUGCGGCUGUAACUGCCACCGUAAUUUUCACCGCAAGGAGACGGACACGAUCGGUAUCGGAGUCGGGGACCCGUUUUUGUUGACCCACCACCCGCAUCUCCACCAGCACCAGCCGCCUCAGUUCUCGCCGUAUUACAGGACAGCGCCGGCGGGAUAUUUGCACUUGGGAGGACCGCAGAGGGGGGCAACGCUGGCGCUGCCGUCGACGUCGGGAGCAGGGUGCGGGACCCAGAGCACGAGGGACGAUCAAGAGGACGUUUCGAAUCCAAGUGCAGGAGGAGGUGGAGGAGGGGACGGGUCGAAGAAGAGGUUCAGGACGAAAUUCUCGCAGGAGCAAAAAGACAAAAUGCUGGCCUUGGCUGAGAGUCUGGGUUGGAGGAUUCAGAAGCACGACGAGGCUGUGGUCCAGCAGUUCUGUAACGAGACGGGCGUGAAGCGUCACGUUCUCAAGGUUUGGAUGCAUAACAACAAGCACACUCUUGGUAAGAAGCCCUAGACAUGAUUUACUCCAAAGCGCUCCUACAUAAUGUCCUCACUCACCCCCCCCUGCGUUGUAUCUAUCUCCUUGGUAACUCUUUCUCUUGCUUCUUGAGAUGAAAAAUGAGCAAUAUUGGGUUGUUUCUUCGUUGUUUGAAGUCGAGUUCAAAGAUGGGAAAUUGUGUUUCUGACUGUCUUCUGAGAGAAGUCUAGCACUAGCUCAGGAUCUUAGGGUUUCAUUCUCUCUCUCUUUCUUCUUCUUCAUCGUCAUCUCAUCCCGUUUUCGUUUUUAACAUUGGGGAGAACCGUGGGGCUGUAUACCUUUGAAUGGUAUCGGUGUUUAAAAUGAACGUACGUACGGUUCCGCUCAGAUUAGAGCAAUUUAUUGUUCCUGAACUGAUUUAAUUUCAGCGGUUUCUUUUAACUGU